AUGAGCAUAUUUUACCUUUUUUCACUUUCAGCUCCCAUGGUGCUUGGUGUCGAGGAGAGUACCUCUGUGCACUCAGGCCCAGCUACAACCGUGACCAUCAAGGCUGGCCUAGGCGAAACGAGCAAACUUCACAAGGCCCUUGUCUACAAUACGACGCUCAGUGCGAGGAAACCAAAACGCUCCAAUGGGGAAAUACCCCUGCUGAUCAUUCGGCCAAUCGAGCUGAAAAAGAAGAAACCCUACAAAGAGCACAUGGUGAAGAUUAUGUCCGGUGGAGUGGCAUCGUAUGGGAACUACCCUGAGAUCCAUACGAGUGAUCACGAAGUAUUCACCCUAGAACACAUGCUGCCAAUCCUUGGCCUUGAGGGUAUGGUCUUCAAUGGUAUUCCCAAGCAUCCAACGUUUAAUCCCUCUCCACAAUAUAAACCAUCGGACUUCCACUAUCAGCCCCAGAAAUACAAGGAAGAAACACCUGUUCUGUUCGGCUUCAAGCCAACCGAAGCCGAACCAGUUCAGUCUCUUCCAUCCCCGUCACCGUCAAGCUACCAAGUACCAGCCGUCAACACGGAAGACCAGCUGUUAAAGAUAGGUCACCAGGCGCUCAGCAAACUGGAAAUACCUGGAUCAUCAGCUCAACCACCGUACUCGUCAGUGACCCAGGAGAAACCAAGUUUCACCAAAUCUGAACAAUUCCCAACCAAGUUCAACUUCCAACAUGGUCAGUCCUACAAAGCCGUUCCAAUAGGAGGCGGUCAUCCAGGUUUUGGACCAGGCACUUUUGUUGGCAUGCACAAUGAAAUUGUUAAGUAUCACAAUAAGCCACAGUUCUAUCCAUCCAAGCCAUCGUCGUACAAAUGGUCGGAACAUCCGAAGAAGCCACAAAUGGCCAGUCCUCUAUCAAUAUCCACCAAUUUCUACUAUCCAAAGACCUUAUCUGGCAAUGUUGAAGAUGGUCACCAGCAGCAACAACAGCCGUUGACGUACUACCAACACCAACAGCAGCCCACUGCUCCUCAAGUUCAAACCCAUGUUAGCUUCUACAUCCCGAAGGAAAUUGAACCACUCCCUCAUCCUCAACCAGUGUCUCAGCAACACGAAGCGCCUCAACAAAUGCAUCAACCUUCGCUGCCGGUGAACACGGUCCAAAAUGGGGAACACAUUGAAUUCGUUGUCCCGAAACAGCCAUCCCACGAGGAACCUCCAAAAACCUAUUACAAGCAAAAAUUCUACAAACAACAGAACGGUGGUCAACAGGGCACCUAUUACAUCCACAAGCAAUUUGAGUACUCUGGGAAGCCACACGCUAACGAAAACAACGUUGUCUCCGAAUACCACGGAUCCCACGGAUCCCACAACCACUCCAAUGUAGAAGUCCAACAUCUUCCCGAGCCACUCCCCUACUCGGCUCCUCAGUACCUUCCCCUGCAGCAGACCUAUCAGCAACAGCAACAGCAACAGCAGCAGCCGCCGCCAGCUCUUACCCUACAUCAGACUCAUCCGCAGCCACAGUCGUUCCACCAUCCCAUUUCCACCUCUGCCCAUCAGAACCACUGGAAACUGGGUCGAAGGAACCAUCAUCACGAACAUGUGAAACCGGUUGAGGAGUCCGACGAUGAAUCCGAACAGCAAGACAACUCGCACGCACCAUCAGUGCAAUCGAUCAAAACGUUGAAACCGGCGGAAAGAGCUACGACGGAAGUGAAGGUUGAAAUUGAGCACAGGGUGGAUGAAAAGCAGAAACAACAGCAGCAGAAGCAGCAGCAGCAAAAGCAACAGCAACAGCUUCAACAACAGAAACAACAACAACAGCAGCAACAGCAGCAACCGAAGGGUACUCAAAUCAGUGAAAGUACGACCAUUAGGCCUACGACGACGAGAGCUGGCAGGCAGGGGUGAUUUCCAACUCCACAAAAUCGCACGAUGACACGAGGAAAGCAAAUGCAUGUCGAAAGUGACUCCACUUAUGGCCCUCGGAUCGAAUGAUGGAAGGAAGAAGGAAAACAUACAAACUGGAUGGAGAAGAUGAUGCCUUCACAGCACAGAGAUGAAGGAAGAGAAGGUAUCAACAACCACCACCCGGCAGCACCUCUGGGGGCAAUUCAAUAACAACAACAAAUGCGUCGAACUUUGGAAGAAAACGACAACACGCCGAAGAAGCACAAACGAUCCGGAAAUUUCGGAGUUUUUAAUUGUGGCUUUUUAUUUAUGUGUUACCGUGCCUGGGAGGUUAGGCUUGUUGUUGCUGGGGUUUUGUUAUUUAUGCUAUUCAAGCAGAUGUUAUUGUUUGAAAUUGUUAAGGUUCCUAAAGUUAUACGAUAUAUUAUGAAGGUAGCUGUUUUCUUUCUAUUUGGAUAAGCUUUGUUGGUCACAGAUAGUGUGUAUUAAUCAUGUGUUGAA